AAACGACACGCGGCAGGCAGCUCUGCAACGCAAUCCUCUGCGGAUGGGAUGCUGCCGUGCCAUAAAGAGCGCGGCCGGUGCUCGGCUUCGGAUUCUCGACGGCACGGCUCGAGGCUGGAGAGUGAAGACUGCGAGAGCCAGGGCAACAACAGCAGCGCGCAAUCGCAUUCAUUAGACAGCCAAGCGCCCUCGCAUCUACGUCGUCUUGCCUCGGCAUGGACGAGAAGCAUCAGCCCCCGCGACGGCCCGCUCGGCCCCCAUGGCCCGCUCGACUGGCGGCGAGGAGGCUCGUCCAGGCCGGCGCCGUCGCCCUCGCCGUCUGCUGGCUCGCGUUCCACCUCGUCUCGGGCGUCGUGCCGCAAUGCCUCGCGAAGCGGCACGACGGCGGCGGCGACGGCGGCCUGCUGCUCUCGUACCCGGGCGAGCGCAUCAAGUGGCGGCCGUGCGGGACGGUGCGCGGGCGCGGCCUCGAGUGCAGCGCCAUCGACGUGCCCAUGGACCAGUUCAACAGCAGCAACAACGAGGGCGGCAAGAGCUUCCACAUCCCGCUGGUGCGGCUGCGCGGGCGCAACAACGCGACGCGCAACCUCGUCAUGAACCCGGGGGGGCCCGGCGGGUCCGGGUUCGCGCUCAUGUACGGGGACGGGCCGGAGCUCAGCGCGCUCGUCGACGAGCGCUUCCACAUCCUGUCGUUUGACCCGCGGGGGGUCAACUCGUCGCGCCCGCUCGCCAGCUGCUACCCGGACCAGGCGACGCGCGAGGCCAUGGCCAACCCCAACGACGGCGACGACGCGGCGCGCGAGAGCCCCCGGCGCUACGCCUGGACGACAAACUACGUGCGCGCGUGCGCCGACGCCAUGGGCGAGCACGGCCGCUACGUCAACACGCCGCAGACGGCCGCCGACAUGAACUCGAUCCUCGACGCCGUGGGCCAGCGCGACAUGGUCUACUGGGGGCUGAGCUACGGCAGCCUGCUGGGGCAGACGUACGCGCAGCUGUUCCCCGAGCGGUGCGCGCGCGUCAUCGUCGACGGCGUGGCCGAUUUGUUUGAGUGGUACGAGGCGCCGCUGCUGCUGGCCGACUUUACCGACUCGCAGCGCGUGCUCGACGGCUUCUUUGACGAGUGCGUCAAGGCGGGCGCCCGGUGCGCGCUGUCGCCGCUGGCCGGCGGUAGCGGCGGGGGCUCCGGGUCCGGGUCCGGGUCCGGGUCCGGGUCCGGGUCCGGGUCCAACCCCCACUCCGGGUUCGAAUCCGGGCCUGCCCCCGCAGCCGUCGCGCUCCGGGCCAAGGUCAUGGCCUUCCUCGAGCGCCUCAGGACCGACCCCCUCCCCGUCUACGUCAACGCCUCCACGUACGGCGUGCUCGACCACAAGGCCAUGUGGCUGUCGGGCGUGUGGCGGCACAUGUACGCGCCGAGCGGGUGGGCGCAGCUGGCGGACCGGCUCGCGGCCAUGAUGACGUCGCCGACGACGCCGGCCGACAACGCGACCGAGGCGUUCCUCGCCUACGGGCGCGGCGAGCCGCCGGCGUUCCGGCCCGUGGGCGAGGCCACCGACCUGGUCGAGCUCAACGACGGGCGCGUCGGGCCCGCGCACUUUGGCGCCGUGCGCGGGCGCGAGGCCCUCAACGCCGUACUGCUGCCCUUUUACGCGACGCACGCCUUUGCCGUCUCGCACAACCGCAUCAACCACGCGCGCCAGCAGUGGCCGCUGCCGCGCACGCACGCCUUCCGCCCGCAACGCCGCACCCGCAUCCGCACCGCCCACCCGCUGCUCGUGCUGUCCACCACGUACGACCCCGUCUGCCCGCUGCGCUCCGCCCGGGUCGCGCGCGACGCCUUUGACGGCGCCCGCCUCGUCGAGGUCCGCGCCUACGGCCACUGCUCGCUGGCCAUGCCGUCGCGCUGCGCCGUGAACCACGUGCGCGCGUACCUCUUCGACGGCACGCUGCCCGCCGAGGACGUGCGCUGCGACCCCGACGGACGGUACUUUGAGCGGCCCGAGGAGGUGGUGGCCGGGGGGGUUCAUGCGAGGAGAGGCGGCGGCGGCGGCGGCGGGGAGGCGGAUGUGCGAGCGGCGCAGCUGGCGCUCGCGAGGAGCUCGACGUGGGCUCGCUGGCGGUGGUGAUAAACCCCGAUGCGGGGCGCGCUGAAGAAUCCAUAGACGGAGGUGUCUAUCGUCGGCUUCGGCAUUUCUGCAGGUCGAGAUGGUAUGGCACCAUGAUGCAUGGCGACGGGCGCGUAUCCAUGACGUGUUCCGGGCUGCCGCUCUAAACAGACACACGGGGACGGACAGGAAGGAAUGAAGCGAGGGCGUAGUAUGACUAUUGGAUAACUAUAUCCCGAUUACCAAGAUUAGUCUUCCAACUCUAUACAAGCACGCACUCUCUUAGUCAUAGGCAUGCUUUGCGUCGCGGAUAAACUUGGG